GAAAUGUUUCUGGUGGGCGUUGCAAAUGUAGCGUCACUAAUAUUUAGUGACUUAAUUGAAGUCUUGAAUAAUGGAUGAAGAACAGUUCAAAUUUAACUUCCAAUUAGAACAAAUUGUAGAAGAAUGGAAAACAUUGGACGAUGGAGAAGAAAACUCACUCCACAAUGAUGAGGAGAAUGAAGAUCAAGGAGAUGAUUCCAAUGCUGUUAGUCAAGAAUCAUUUUUUGCCCCUCAUUAUAAAGAUGGAAUUGAUUAUUUUACAAUAACUAAUCCGGAGAAAGUGAAACAAGAAUGGCUUGAAGCUAGAAAGUUGAUUAUACCACAUAUUCAAAAUGUUGUCAAACAUUUAGUUCGAGAGAAAUUUCAGAAAUAA